AUGAACGGCGUCUCGCGAUUCCUCAGCCGGCGUGACAAGCACGGCGAAAAACGCGCCUCCAAACACGCCAAAUCAAAAUCUCAAUCUCAAGAUGCCCCGCUCGAUCUCUACAGAAUAUUCACCAAUGAAGGGCCCAGGCCGCCAGCAAACGAACAUGCCGAGAAAAAGGUCAAGAUGCUGCUUACCCGACUCCACGGUUCGGGUAUAACAAAAAUGGCUGAAGAACAGGCCGAACACGCCCUCGCUUGGUACCCGGAUGACCUCGACAAAGCCUACGACCUCUUGGUCCUUGCCAACGAAUCGCUCGAGGGCGAACUGAAGGACUAUAACCCCAACGUUCCCAUGCUGGGCGCCAUCAAUCGGAAUAUGGUGACAUGCUAUUUAGAUGCGCUCCUCUUUGCCAUGUUUGCGCGCCUUGACAGCUUUGAAGCCAUGCUGUACGACAAUUUCGAGGAUGAGCCCCGGAAGAAACUGGCCGCCGUCUUGAGACUUUGGGUGAACCUGUUGCGCACAGGCCAGCUCAUCAGAGUCGACCUGACCAAGCAUCUUCAGGAUUCGCUCGCAACAUGUGGCUGGGAAGAUGCGGCGCAAGUGCGGCAGCAGGACGCAUCCGAAGCUUUUACCUUUAUCACAGGCGCGCUGGAACUGCCACUCCUUACCUUAAAGAUGGACAUUUAUCAUACUGGGCGCGAAGAUAAAGAAGAUGACCACAAGUUUGUCAACGAACGACUUCUGGAAGUUGCUAUCCCAGAACCAGAAGAGGGUCGUAUCGUUACGCUCGAGGACUGCCUAGAGACCUAUUUCAACAACAGAAUCGAGGUUAAGCGCUACCUGCAACGGCAAAAUACGAUUGCCUCCAUAAGAUCAAACAGGGACGAAUUCACAGGCAAGGAUGCUGAGAAAAACGAGUCGAUACACAUCGAAACUGCAGAAGUAGAGACACCAAUGACUCCAAUCGUCUCAUCUCCCUUGUCGCUGGAGCCUACGACCACUUUGGCCCCAGUUCGACCUGAGCUAGAAGGUCGUCGCCGUGCUGAUAGCAUCUUCGGUAAGCGCUACUUGCGCCAGCCUCCUGAAGCCCAAAUGUUCGACGAGAAGAAGCAUGUCGAGGAUAUGCUAGACAACAGCUCUGGCGGUCGACCCCGCUCGGCUUCUCUACUUAAGAAGGAGAUUCUCAUGCCCGCAUGGCAGUUUUUCAGUCUAAUCCCAUGGUACACGGAUAACGUGCCAAGGUCAGAUGCGCAGGUUGCAGCACACUUCUCUGCAAAACGCCCUGUUCUUGGAAUAUGUCUGAAGCGAUACACGAUGAACUCAAAUGGCACUCCGAAGCGCCUCGAUACUUACAUCGACAUUCCACUUGACAUUGGCUUGCCCCAUUUCAUUUCUGACGAAAGAAUGAAGGAAGAGGGUCCAUUGUUUGGCAAUUUCAAGCUAGUGCUACAAUCGGUCGUCUGCCAUCGAGGUGUAUCGGUGGACUCUGGUCAUUACAUUGCACUUGUUCGUGCCAAUGCUCGUGGGAGGCCCGAAACUGCCAAUUCCGAGUCUGAUGAAGAAGAAGGCAAAUGGCUACGGUUUGACGAUCUUUCCAAUCAACGAGUCACCGAGGUCGACAUUGAGCAAGCUCUGCGAGAAGAGUCGCCAUAUCUCUUAUUCUACCAAGUACAGCCUAUUGAUGAAGAACUGGCUUCCAGAGGUGAUCCCCCAACCUACGCAGAGGCGCAGUCCGGAAUCCCGUCGAUAGAUCCGUCCCGCGAAACGCUGGCCUCUGUGCCCUCUACCACCGCAACGGACGUGGAUACUACUGGCGACUGGGAAAAGAUUAGCGUGCCUGAUGCGUGUACUGAACCGAAUCGCACGGACGAGCCAGCCAGUCGGAACAGCACUUCCAGUAAUUGGCGGAGCAGCAUAACCAUUGACGACGGCGAGGGGAGCCUUCGUGGACGAACCCAACCGACAACUCCAGCUGAAGAGAAGCCCGGCUUCCUAUCUGUUUCCCGGCGCGGCUCACGCAUAUGGAUGUCCGGCGCUGGCAAAAGUCGGCCGGGUAGUCCAAGUGGCGAGAAUCGGUUGUCCAUUACGCUGUCGCGCCUGACAGGCCGGGGUAGCACCAACAAGCUGAUCACGACAGAGGCUGUCAGUACUGGCGAUGAGCCUAUUUUUGUAAUCGACAAGGCCAUAAGCCCUGAGGGCAGUCAAAAAUCACCGUCUCCGGUCAAAGAGAAGAAAGAGUCUGGAAUUUCGCGAAGCAAGAGCAAAAAGGAGAAGAAGGAUAGGAUGAGGAGUAAGAGUAGAGAGCCUGGUGCGGUCCUGGACAAAGGUAAGUCAAAGGGAAAGAAUCGGCCGGAUCGUGAAUGCAUUGUUAUGUGA